AUCUCUCUCUAUAUCGUUGGACCGACAUCCCACUUGCACCACUUUGAAGUGUUCGAUCCAGUGUAUAUAUAUCUUUCUCUUGAAACCCUCUGUUUGCAAGUACUACUGACCCAACGUCCCUGUCAUUCAACCUCAAAAUGGAGGCUUGCCUAUGCUCCAAGCCGGUACUACGAGUACAAUCGAAGCAGGUCUUCCUCCCCUUUGCGGUCGCGCCUUCCGUUUCGUCGUGUAACCGACAUAUUCGAUCCUCUCGACCCCCCUUCCCAGCAAGCAAACACCGCCAGGUUGAUCAGCGUCGACAAGCCCAUACAAAACGAAACGUCUCGUCGACCGCCUCCACCAUCAGCGAAGCAGACCCCCUACCGACUGCCAUGGCUGUUUCAAGACCGCUGUCCUGCCUGCGUUUAUCCGCCCUGAUUCGUUCAUAUCUCAUCACCUCCGUUUCCUCUAUACCAUUCCUGCUGCGGCCGUCCUUAUCUGUGAUGACCUUCCUCGCCCAUACAAAGUCGCCUGUUUUCAUGCCAGAUCGGAACCCGAUUCUCCACUUCCUUCUCAAGAAAACAUUCUAUGCUCAAUUCUGCGCCGGUGAGACACCUGCAGAAGUCCGAACCACCAUUUCAGACUUGAAAGACACCGGGUAUAGAGGAGUAAUCUUGGGCCAUGCAAACGAGGUGGUACUCACAAAGGAGGAAGCGGAGGGUCUGGAUGCAUCGACAGAGUCGUUAGACCAGGCAGCCCUCCACGCCGAUGAGAUUGCGAUAUGGAGAAGAAAUACCGUUGCUACUGUUGACCUCGCCCAGGAGGGUGACUUUGUGGCGCUCAAAUUCACAGGAGCGGGUCGUCAAGCACUUCAACAUCUCAAGGCCACUAUCGCAUGCUCUCCCGAAUUUGAAAAUGCUGUCCAUGAGAUCUGCCAGCGCGCUCAACAAAAGGGUGUAAAACUGCUUUUCGAUGCUGAGCAGGCCUCGCUACAACAGGGCAUUGACAACUGGACAAUGUACUUUGCAAAGAUAUACAACAAAGAGAGGGCGUUGGUGUAUGGCACCUACCAAGCAUAUGCUCGGAAAACUCCCCAGAAUCUCGCUCGCCAUCUUGAGACGGCAAGGAAGGAAAACUUCGUGCUGGGAAUCAAGCUGGUACGAGGGGCGUAUUUGGGCAGUGACCCACGGGAACUCUUCUGGCCAACCAUCGAAGAAACCCACGCAUGCUACAAUGGCAUAGCAAAAGCAGUAUUGCAAAGGCAAUACCAAGGCAUCCUCCAACCUGUCGAAGGUGGUUCGUCAGACUUCCCUCGAGUGAGCCUGGUGCUAGCAACGCACAACGCCGAAUCGGUCCGGUUAGCAGUGGCAAUUCGAGAUGAACAGGCACGGAAUGCCCUGCCACGAAUCGAACUUGCCUACGGGCAAUUGAUGGGGAUGGCAGACAACGUAAGCUGUGAGGUUUUACAAACUGCAAGGGUCCGCGCGGAGUCCAGCGACGCCAACGUGGAAAUUCCCCGAGCGUACAAGUACUUGGUAUGGGGCAAGAUGGGAGAAUGUAUGAAGUAUCUCCUUCGUCGGGCCCAAGAAAAUCGAGAUGCCGUCACGAGGACCGUUGAAGCAAGGCGAGCAUUGGGUAGUGAGUUGGGCAGCAGGUUGGCGUUCUGGAAGUCAUGAUGAUUGGAUGAGACAUGUGCGAAUUGAUACUGAGCACGAACGAGACGAUUGUAGGUGUAUUGUUUUGAGAUUGUUUUGUUGACAUAUCCAUCUGCAAGGCGCAUUGCACUAUGUUUUGAGGCAUCCGAUUCUCUUGCGCUGAUUGAUCUAAAGAGGAAAGAGGAAUGAGGAAUGAGCAAAGGUUGCGCGAGGGAGCGACGCAUAGAAAUAUGAUUCAUUCCCAAUUUCCAUCACGACCACGAUUCAAGCAAACAAAUCCAUGUUCAAAUCUCGCAGUCCGGCACAUACU